GUUACUUCCUCUUAUGUACUUAGUUUGGCCGUACUUUGAUUUCUUUUCCUCCCAAGAAGUUACAACGUAUAAAUACUAGCAUGAAAAUCCCUUAUUUUCUAAUUAUUUUGACCGUUUAUCUGGCGGCCGAGUUUUCUGAAGGUCAAAAAUAUAAAUGUGAAAAGCCAAAGCUGAAAAAUGGUAGAGUUAGAAUUAAAAGCAGUGGCCAGAUCGCGAGAUUCCGUUGCAAUAAAAGUUUUAAGCGUGCUGGAGCGAAAAUAGCACUAUGUAUUAAAGAUUUUUGGAAUUUACCAGCUCCUAUAUGUGUAGCACCUGGAAAAAAAUGUCCGAAACAAAAAUUUAGCAAAGAUCUUCUGUUUACCAAAAGUAUGAGCCGUGGAUUUUUGGAAUUUUCUUGCAAACCAGGCUUAAUUCUAGAGGGAAAGGAUAAGAUUUACUGUGAUGGGUCACAAUGGAGUGACGAAGCGCCCAAAUGUGUUUAUAAUAUUUCCACUGAAGCAACAACAGUUCCGUUAGUAACAACAGCUGUUAGCACGGAAACAGAACCCAGUAGCUACCAAUCGACCCCGACGACUGAGACAAGCAACACAGCCAAUCCAACAACAUACAACAACAGGCCAACCGCUGGGAUGUCUACGACAAUAACAGAAACCCCCUCUCAAAGAACCGGACAUCUUUCAGACACAACAUUAUCUGAGUUCACAGAUCUAUAUUCUAAAACCCAAGUUCCAACACAUUCGUUUUCUGUCGCUACAAAAAGGAAAUCAAAAGUUAGUACAAGUCAUCCAGCAAAGACUGACUCGACUACAGUUCUGAAGCCAAAUAUAGUAGUGAAAAAUUCAACAACAAAAUCGCUGGUCACAACAGAAUUAAGGAUGACCACUGAACAGUAUAUCAACAUUACUACAACAGGAUCAAAUACAGACACAGAUACCACUGAAACCAUCACGCAUAUUAAUACAGAACCUACAAGACUAACGCAAACGACAGAGGAUCAAACCACCUAUACCACUCCAGGACCAAAACAAGAGACAGAAACUAUAGAACAACCGAGUACAAAGGCAAAAACUACAGAACAAUCGAUCCCAUCAACAACCGUAAGAUCCAGGAAAAGAACCGAAACGACGGAACAACUUACAACAUUGACCACUGCAGAACCGAGUAGAGAAACCAAAACUACAGAAAAACUCACUACAUUAACCACUACAGAACCGAGUACAGAAGCUAAAUCCACAGAACAUAACACCACAUUGACCACUGUGAAACCGAGUGAAAAAACAACAGUCACAGAGAAACCCACCGCUACCACCAAUAAAGGAACAAUUAUAACAACACAAAGCACCACCAUACUUACGCCUACACCAAAAAGAACCACGACAUUUCCACCAAGCUCUACACAGAAACCACAAAAACCGACUACAACAUCGCCACCCACCACAACCGAGAUAAAGACUACCACAGCAGUCUCUGUUAAAACAUCCUCUAUACCCAGCAUACAAUCAACCACUGUUACGAGAUCGACGGAUUCUACAACUUCAGAAAUAACUAGUACAACACAAUCCGUCUCUUCAGAAAUAUCCCAUUACUCUACAUACAGAGUGACAACUACACCAUCCAACCCCACAUCUUCGUCAACAUCACGUUCAAAGACGACACUGUCAGUAAAUACCACUGCAAGGCCAGUUCAAUCAACAACAAAAUCAAUGUAUUUUAAUAACACCAUAAAAGAAGAUAUAGCACCGGCAACAAAACCGUCACAGAACGACACGGAUAUACCGAAUGUGAUAGUGGCUAGUCAACAGUCCGUCCCUGAUGAUACGCCGAUCAAACCGUUGGUUAUUGGACUCGGGGUAGGGGUGGCGAUAGGACUUGUUAUCCUGAUUGUGGGAAGCUAUUUGUGGGUCAGGCGGAGGCGUCGGAAAGAGGAAGAAUGCGACGAAAUGACACCAAUCACCGGGACGGGUUCCCAAGAGUGGUGAAGGACCGUCAUUACCAAGUUCUAAAUUAUGGAAAAUUUUGUUGUUCAAAGUAGUUUAUUUAAAUCAUUUAGUUGUGGGUUUAAAUUUUUGAUCAACUGAAUUAUGCAACAUCACUGUGCUGUUUCCAAACCCGUUCAUUUGUUAAACACCUUAAUCUAACUUUGAACUUUGAACAGUUCGUGAUUUACUAUCGAGUUACUAAUAUGAUAAAAAAAAUUGUCCUUGUUUUUUCAAUAUAUCUUUGUGGUCACAAAACAAUUUUACAUGUGUAAAAGGAUGAUUAUUCAAAAAGUUCGAGGACUAUCGCGUAUUUGUCAUUUUUAAUAGGUUUAUAUAUACAUAUUGUAUUUAAAAUGUGUCAUAAAAUUGCAAAUCAAACUAAA